UCGCACGACUCGCCAUUCGUGGACAGCUAUGGGGCUAGUUUGACACUCCUCGGGCGCGUAAAAUCCCCGAGGAAAUCAUCAUUCCACUUAUCCUCGGGGAAGAAAACGAAAAAAAAAUGUGAAAACAUUUCCUUGGGGAUUCCUCAGGCCACAACCAUUUCGACGCGUUCCCCAAGGGACCUCCCGAUGUCCCUUGGAGGUCGAUCAUCCGGAAGAAUCGGGGCGUCGACGGCAGCUCCGUCGACGACAAUUUUCAACGCGGCUGGUCCAUUGCUGGGGUUGAGUGGCGACGAAGGCGAUGGAGGUGUGAAUCUGUCAUUCGGGUUGUGCAGCGGGAGGUCGUCGGCCGCGUCGCAAACGGUGAUCGUGAACAACCAUCCCGACGACGAGGGCGGGCAGGUGACGACUGUUGCGCGUUCAUCGAAGUCUCCAGCUCCGAUCCGGGAGGCGUCGGGGAACAACGGGGAUCCUCCGAGGCAGCAAUUCCGGAUGCCGUCUGUGUCGAGGGAUGCCUCAGCUCGCCCCACAUGGAUGCAGUCUCCGUCUCCCCUUUCCGCCAGACUGAGUUCGACUGCAUCCCGUCGUGGACGUGAAUGCGGGGAGACGGAUUGUGGCAUCGAUGAUGUUGGUGAUGCAUGCGACGGGAGGGAGGUGUGGGCAGAACACCGACGGGCGCUUCAUCCACGGCGGGAGGAAUCCAUAACUCGGGGGGUGCAGCGACUGCGUGUGGGGGAGCGUGAAAACGACUUCGACGCACCUGCGGUGGGCGUGGACGAUCAGGAGUGGAACGAUGACGACGGCGAAGGUGGGGAGGACGACGCAAACCAUGUACCAGCGUUGAAGCAGAGCAGCAUGGGAGGGAGGGGCAGGAAGACGAGGGCGUGUGCUCGCAAUGGUCGUCGGGGGAAAAAAGCGGCGGGGAAGGGGAGCGAUGCCGAAGCUGACGGUGAUGUGGAAAGAGGUCGUCAGUUCUGUACCGCGUACGCUCGUAUGAAGCCGCGAGAAUGGAAGUGGUUGGAUGUGGAGCAGAGGUUAAAGAAGGUGGGCGUCGACAGAGAAGCCGAACGGUGCGGGAAGAAGUGGGAGAAUUUGAUGCAGCAGGUCAAGAAGUUGCAUCACUUCCAAGGCUUGUCAAGGAAGCAUAACUUCUUCCAAUUCUCCGGGAAAGAGAGGUUGUCGAAGGGCUUCAAUUUCAACAUGGAUCGUGCAGUUUACGACGAGAUCCUGGGGUCGACCGCGAAGAGCCACACCAUAAACCUCAAGAACGUCACCGACAUUGGUGCUCCGGGUGGUGUGCGUCUGCCGUCCGCCACUUCUGUGGAUCCUGAAUCUGUGGGCGAUGGGGACACUGCUGCAGGGCACGACGACGACGAGGACGGGUCGAUGAGAGGUUCUUCUCAGACGACGGGAAGCCAUGCCGGUUUCGACAAGCGGAAGAGCACGACGCAACAAACAUUCGAAGCGCUGACGGAUUGCAUGGAGAAGCACGGGGCUCUGUUGGCGUCGACGAUGGAGAGCAACAACAAGCGGCAAUGCUCCAUCCAAAACCGACAAUGCGAGUCGUUGGAAGCAGAGGUGGAAGUUCAAAAAAAACACUACGUGGCGUCUGACGAAGUUAGCAAACCGAUGUGUCACGCUCUUUUGGAGAUAGCGAAGGCCAUCCGUGAGCUCACACGCCGCGCUCCGCCGUUGUCGAGGAUCCACGCAUUCCGGCGGGAUUGCUGUGACAUCGCGUGUGACGAAGGACACUCGCCGUCGGUUGUUGCAAUCCUCGCGUUCGUCGCCUUCAUUACCUUUGUCGCCACUUUCAUCGCCUUUCUCGCCAUUCUCGCUGCCUUCAUUGCCUUUCUCGCCAUCCUCGUGUUCGUCGCAUUCAUCGCCUUUCUCGCCAUCCUCGCUGCCUUCAUCGCCUUUCUCACCAUCGUCGCCACCUUCAUCGCCUUUCUCGCCAUCCUCGCGCCCGUCACAUUGCGAAGUCGCCACGUCGCCGCCGCAUCCGUCUUGGGCCAUGUGAACUUCAUCGCCGUGUUGUUCGACCGUGGAGUGCGCACCUCUGUUUCUUCCUCGCCAACGCCGUCGUCGCCACCAUCGCCACGUUCGCAGUCUAUCCCUCCGUCACCGUCGUCUUGUUCGUCGCCGAUACGGGCCAUCGUCCAGAACGUCUUCCGGGCCGUCAACGGCAGCGACGACAUCAUCGCCACACCCGUGGAAAGUGACUUCGAGGAAGAGGAGGAAGUGCCGUUGACGCUGAAGUCAGCGAGGAGGGGAAGUGGAGCCCUCCGGAUCGAUGAUGUCGGUGAGAGACGAGGCGGAGGAGGGCGCGCAAUGAUGGAAGACGUCAUCAACGUCAAUGCCGUGACGGCAUCCGGGCGAGGCGGGGGAACAACCGUCGGCCAGCAACAUCGCGCGACACUGGCACGUGCGAACGAAGCCCCAGAACUGCAAGAGGUUGUCGUCCGAGCGCGAACACCAGCAACCCCGGGGGCGACGACCUCUACAGACAUUGGCGUCAGUGUGCAAGCCGUCGGUCAGGGGAGCAAGAGUCGCUCUCCUGCGCAGGAGCAGCGCGGGGCUGCGCACGUGGGGGAAGGGGCAGGGGCGGGCGGGGCCGCAGUGGGUGGGGCUCCUCACGUAGCGGAAGGGGCAAGGGCAGGCAGGGCCGCGACGAUGGGGGCUUCACAAGCGGCUGAGGGAGUGAGGGCGGGCGGAGCGAAGGCAGGCGGGGUUCCACAGGCGGGGGAAGGGGCGAGGGCAGACAAUGUCGCAACACAGGGGGAGGACGACGAAGCGCUGGUGAACAGGGUGCGUCAGCGGAAUGUGCGGGAUGGAAUCGAGGCGUCGUCGAAGAUGUGGGUGGACGACAUCUGCUUCUGGAAUGAAACGAAGGGGAGCGCCCUUGUGAAGUUGAUGCAGGAGGCGCGCAUGUAUCUUGUUGUGGUGGCGAGGGGAGUGCAGCCUCCAGCAUUGCGUCGAAGCAUCGUCUUGCCUCAUACAACCAUCCCACAACACAAAAUCAACAACGAAUCGGAGUUGAACGCUGCGCCGGAGAGGGCAAUGAAGGUGAAGACUAUCGCUUUGCGGGUCAUCCACGGGUGGGUCUUCAACUCGACGAGCAGGCAACAGGUGUACCACGCAGCGUACUCGUACGCGUUGAACCAUGGGGCCACUAACAUCGCUCGCGCCAUCUGGAUGGGGGAGGACUGGCGUGUGUGUGUGAGCCCCAUGGUGUUCCACAUCACGCUGGACAUGGAUAUGAUGCUGCCAGUGUGGUUCGUCGGCGCGAACAUCGAAGACAGGCACGAGAACGACGAGCUGGCGGCGUAUCAGGAGGCGAGCAUCCAGCGACUGGUGGGGGCGUUCACGAGUGCCAUUUCCACAACGGAGGGGAUCGACGGCGGUGGGUUGUCGCACGAGCGGUUGAAGAGCGUUGCCGAAGCGAUGAGGAUCAUGCUCGCGGCGACCAUGUGGCUCAUGCGGAUGAGCGGGGACGAUCAUCGCUCACAUUACGAUGCGUGGGUAUUCGUCCAACUCACGACAAAACCCACGCUCAUCGCAUCCAUGCAUGGCUCAUUCGACGUGCGUGGGCACAUCAUGCAAGCCGCGACCACCAUCACGGACAAGUUCGUGAAACCCCCUAUGACAUUGGUACCGCCUCCGUUGUACAUACCCGACUGGGCGUCGAUCGGCGUGAAGUUCUCACAUGACGCCACGUUGUCUUCCCCCAUGGAGGCAAAGAAGCUCGAUUGGUUGGGCACAUGUCCCCCGGAAGACGAAGACGACAACGAAGGUGACGACGAAGGGGGCGAGGGGGAGUGAUGAAACGUUCGCGGUGCAGUGUCUUCCUCGACGUCGCCAUCGCAGGGUGGGACUAUAUGUUUCUCGCAUUUCCAAUAG